AUUUAGAGAUCAGACAAAUGACAGUAAAGCGCCAUAGAGUAUCGUGCUAUGUGAAUGACUAUUAUCAUUUCAUUAUCAAUUUCAAUUGUAGUGAAAUAAUCUAUUCUAAUAGUUGAUUUUUUCUAAAUAAAACAUCAAAUACAAUAUACAAGAAAUAUAACUGUGCUGUGUUAAUGACAUUUCGUCGUGGUUGUUGAAAGUCAUUAGUGAUAACGAAAUAACAGCGAUGUCUUUGUCAACUAAUUUCUGUUUAGGUUUCCUUACAAUAGUUGUUACUUGUAUUAUUUUAUCCAGCAAUAACAAUGUACAAGCUAGUGAAAAUGAUGCCGAAAGCAUUUCAAAAAUCGGACAAGGUGUAGGUCAUAUUAUGAACAUUUAUUACUGUUAUUCUUGCGGAUACAGAAAAGUUUUUGAAGACUAUGCGGGUAUAAUUCAACAAAAAUACCCAGAAAUAUCUGUCAUUGGGGCCAAUUAUGAUCCUCCAGGUUUAAAUAUGUAUCUAUCGCGAUUGAUUGGUUUUGGCAAGAUGAUACUGAUCAUGUGCAUACUUAGUGGAGUCAACAUAUUUGCUUGGCUGAACAAACCACAGCCUGCUUGGUGGAGUUGGUGCCUUGAGAACAAACUGUAUGCAUGCAUGAUGAUGUUUUUCUUAGCUAACAUGGUUGAAGGCCAGUUAGUGUCAUCUGGUGCAUUUGAAAUAUCCUUAAACAACAUUCCAUUGUGGUCCAAGUUAGACACAGGAAGGAUCCCACAGCCACCUGAGCUGUUUCAAAUAAUUGACAAUACAUUGCAGUUCUCAAAAAUGGAAUUGUCCAAUAAUAACUUUGUGCAAUAAUUAUUUCGUGUUGUAUUUUUGCAUAUUGUUUGUAAAUGGGACUGAGGUUUUUAAUAUAAAUAGGGUGAAAUAUAGAGAUUUAAAAAAAAUUCAUGUAAAAAAUAAUAGGCAAUAAAGUUCUGAUAAUUAAUUACAGAAUAUAAUUAGGUACAAUUUUAUUAUGCUUCAUAAUCCUUACACAAUUUUUAAAGCUAUACAUUGUGAGCAUGUUGUUUCUGAGGUGUAAUAUGCUAUACAUGUAUCUAUACACUCUUGACCACAAUCAUUGUAACCUGGUUUAGAACUCACAUUAUUGAUACUGCAAUAACUCUAAUAAUAGUAGCAAAUACAUACAUAAUUAGAUGGGAUUUGUUACAUUUAUCAACAUCUGCAGGUCAGCUUGAAGUGAGCAAAUAAUAAUAGUGAUUGUUUAUCUCAAGUAUAAAGCAUAAUUUUAAGCAUGUUUCACAAUUAUUGUGUCUUAUGAAUGGAUGUAUCAAUUUUAAUUUCAAUGUAAAGAAGUAUGACUAAGUCAAAUUUAUUUUGUCUUUAGAAAUUAUCCAUUCAGAAUUAAGUAUGCUGUUAGCUAUUAUUUUUACAAAAGUACCAGUUCAUUUUCAUUAAAUGAAUAAAUAAAUUAAUUUAAUGAAGGCAUUUGUUUUAAGUUCAGUUACUUUUUAUAAUUAGAUACAUAAAACCAAUUUUUCCUUAGAAUAAUAUGUUAAAGCUUUGUUUUUGCAUUGAAUAAAUUUAUUUUAACCAUAAUAGUCCAUGUCCAUCCACAAUAUUAUAAACAUCCACUAAAUUAAAUGCAUACUUCAAAUAUUGUACUAAGUAGAUGUUUGUAAUAUUUUGAUGUUUGUGACUCACUUGUUGCCUUUAGUAUAAAAAUGUGUUAUACAUAGCUUGUAUUGUGAGUAAAAAGCAUACCAAUACUGAAAAUUAAUAUGAAUUAGAAUUAUUGCUGUGUUCAUUAAGGUAUACAUAACUUUUAAACAUGUUUGUUUUGCCACUUCAAUAGGUAUGCAAUGUUUUCAUGUAUUGUUAAUAGUACAAAAUAUUCUAAUUAACUGAAGCUGUUCAAAUUGUCUUAAAUAUCAGAAAUCACUUAAUAUACUAAUUAAUAAUGUUUUUUUUUUUUAUUUAUCUAGUCAGGAUUUCAGUAAUGUUCAACAAAGAAAACAUGUUCUUACUUUGUGAAACCCUAUUUAAAUAAAAGUUUAAAUUAUAA